UUGUAUCGAGACUGCAUCAAUUAUCGGGAGAAGCGAAAGCUCGUAUAUGUUUGAGUGUCAUUAAUCGUACAUUAACAAUAGAAUUACCUAGGGGGUGACCACCGUCUGAUUAUAAUCAAGAUCGCAAGCAUGCGGAUGCUGCAAACAGUACUUUGGCACCAGUGGAGCGGCUCCAACCCCAUUUGCAACCAAAUACUCUCUGAAAUUCAAAAUUCUUUGGGUCAUCUCUGUGACUCUCUUCUCUCCGGCAGCAUUUUUAUUUCCGCUCCAACUCAACUCUGCCAACGCGGCAGCACGAGGCCACAUCUUCCCACUGAUCACAGUAUCGUCGACUUGCUCGCUCCAGAGCGGCGCAGUAACACCUAUUACCCGUGCCGCUUCCGCGGAUGUGAGGUUGGUGGUGAAAUCGUAGUCGUAGAUACGUUGCCAGGUCUUGUAUGGUGCACACCAAGAUCCACCAUUUCCUCCAAAGUUGAAAUUUGCCAGCCCGUCAAUAGCGUCCGGGUUGACCAUCACGUCAUAUCGAGGAUCGUUCGUUACCCAGCCGCCGAAACCGCAGUCCAGACUCCAGGAAGUUAGCACUUGGUUUCUUGUACAGAUAAAGAACCGAAUCUUCGGGACAAGGAUAAAACUUAUCCGG